AUACAGGUGGUGAGCAGGAGAAGGUCUGCAGCAGCUCGGCCUCAUUGGCAUGUGAAAUGCUGCCAGGCUGCAGAUGGCCUUUAAAAACACUCUUAGAUUGUGCUUUCUUUUUGGGCCAAACUCAUAUCUGUGAUGUAUUAGGUGUUGCAGAUCCGCUGAGGAAUUGUUGAUGGUGUUUCUUCUGCAGUGAUUCGGUCUUGAAGUGGACAUGGAUGGAGCUAAGAAAGAUGCUCCCCCCGGGGGCGAUGGAGGAAAAUCAGACACCCUCGGAUCAACGGGUUCCUCCAGAAAAAGAGGAGGGGGGGCCAAGAAGGCCAUGCAAGCAAACAAGUCUGCCCUCAGGGCCCCCCGAGCCCUCUGCUGCCUGACCCUCAGCAACCCCAUCCGCAUGGCAGCGCUGGCCCUCGUGGAGUGGAAGCCCUUUGAUAUUUUCAUUCUGCUUGCCAUUUUUGCCAACUGUGUGGCCAUGGGAGUCACAAAACCGUACCCAGAUGAUGACUCCAACGCCACCAAUCACAAACUCGAACAAGUAGAAUACAUCUUCCUUGUCAUCUUCACCAUUGAGACCUUUACUAAAAUCUUGGCCUACGGUUUAGUCAUGCACCCCAGCGCCUACAUACGAAGCGGAUGGAACUUGCUUGACUUCAUUAUCGUCAUUGUUGGGUUGUUCAGUGUAAUAGCAGAGGGGAUGACUGACCAUAAGCCAGGAGAGGCCCAUCAUGCUGCAGGAAAACCUGGAGGAUUGGAUGUCAAAGCUCUGAGAGCGUUCAGGGUGCUCAGACCGCUUCGCCUCGUGUCUGGAGUGCCGAGUCUGCAGAUUGUGUUGAACUCCAUCAUGAAGGCUAUGGUCCCCCUCCUGCACAUCGGCAUGCUGGUCAUGUUUGUCAUCAUUAUCUACGCGAUCAUCGGCCUGGAGCUUUUUAUUGGCAGGAUGCACAAGACGUGUUAUUACACCGCCACAGGUCUCAUGAUGGAGGAUGACCCAACACCUUGUGCAUUUGCUGGAAAUGGACGCUUCUGUGUUGGCAACGGGACAGAGUGCAGGGGCAAGUGGGAAGGCCCCAAUGGUGGCAUCACAAACUUCGACAAUGUUUUCUUUGCCAUGCUGACUGUUUUCCAGUGCAUCACCAUGGAGGGUUGGACAGAUGUGCUCUACUGGAUGAAUGACGCCAUUGGCUAUGAGAUUCCUUGGAUUUACUUUGUGUCUCUGGUCAUCUUUGGGUCCUUUUUCAUUAUCAAUCUCGUGUUGGGUGUGCUGAGCGGAGAGUUCUCCAAGGAGCGAGAAAAGGCUGUGGCACGUGGAGAGCUGCAGAAGGCACAGGAGAGCAAACAGAUGGAAGAGGACAUGAUUGGCUACAUGGACUGGCUCAUCGAGGCCGAGGAUGUUGACGAGGAAGGAAACAAGCGUGCUGCGAUUGCCAAGAAGAAGAUGAUGAAGAAGUUUGGCUGGUACAAACACAGUGAGGAUGGAGCCGAGUCAGAUUCUGAUGAUGAUAUCGCGUAUCUCGAUGAUGACAGUGGCUUCUGUGCAUCUCUUAUGACCAAGAUGAUGGCCAACAGCUUCUGUGACCAGUUGUGCCAGCUCAACCACACAUUAAGGAAGAACUGCCGUGUAGCCGUGAAGACCACAAACUUCUACUGGCUGGUGCUUCUGCUGGUGUUUCUCAACACAGCAGCCAGUGCCUCUGAGCAUUACGGCCAAACCAAGUGGCUGACCGAAAUGCAAGAGCGGGCCAAUAAGAUCCUGCUGCUUUUGUUCACUCUGGAGAUGUUGAUGAAGAUGUACGCCUUCGGCCUCCAGAUCUACUUCAUGGCGCUCUUCAACCGCUUCGAUUGCUUUGUGGUGUGCGGGGGCAUCCUCGAGACGCUGCUGGUGGAGCUGGACGUCAUCCCACCCAUCGGCAUCUCUGUGCUGCGCUGCAUCCGACUGCUCAGAAUUUUCAAGAUGACUCGGCACUGGGCCGCUUUGUCGGACCUGGUGAACUCGCUGCUGAACUCCAUGAAAGCCAUCUGCUCCCUGCUGCUGCUGCUCUUCCUCUUCCUCAUCAUCUUCGCGUUACUGGGCAUGCAAAUGUUUGGAGGCAAAUUCAACUUUGAUGACACACAGAUGAAGAGAAGCACUUUUGACUCCUUUCCGCAGGCUCUGCUCACUUGUUUCCAGAUCCUCACGGGCGAGGACUGGAACGCUGUGAUGUACGACGGCAUUAUGGCCUAUGGAGGACCGGUAUUCCCCAACAUGGUUGUGUGCAUUUACUUUGUCAUUCUGUUUGUCUGCGGUAACUACAUCCUGCUGAACGUCUUCUUGGCUAUCGCUGUAGACAACUUGGCAGGCGGGGGCUCGACGAAAAAAGUCGAAGAGAAAAAGGAAGAGGAGGAGUGGGAUGAUGAUGAAGAGAAAGAAGACGAGGACGGCGCGAACGAAGAAGACGACUGGCAGGAAAACGAAGAGCUGAGGGCCAUCGAGGGAUUGGAGGGAGUUGCACCUUUAAAGCCUGAAUUCUCAGGACCCAAAGAGAAGAUCGUCCCCAUCCCAGACGGAAGCUCCUUCUUCAUUCUUGGAAAGAAGAACUGUUUACGAGUCGCUUGCCACAACCUCAUCCAUCACCACUACUUCACCAACUUCAUCCUCAUCUUCAUCAUCCUCAGUAGUAUUUCUCUGGCUGCUGAGGAUCCAAUUAAAUCCCACUCCUUCAGGAACAUAGUGCUUGGCUAUGCUGAUUAUGUAUUUACUUCAGUUUUCACAGUGGAGAUUAUACUGAAGAUGACUGUCUAUGGAGCUUUCUUGCACACCGGCUCCUUUUGCAGGAAUGCCUUCAACCUUCUUGACCUUCUGGUUGUCAGCGUGUCGCUCAUGUCCUUCUUUCUGCACUCGAGUGCGAUAUCUGUGGUGAAAAUUCUUCGAGUGCUUCGAGUACUCAGGCCUCUUAGAGCCAUUAACAGAGCCAAGGGCUUAAAGAAUGUGGUGCAGUGUGUGUUUGUGGCUAUACGCACCAUCGGCAACAUUUUGAUCGUCACGACGCUCCUUCAGUUCAUGUUUGCCUGCAUUGGAGUGCAGCUCUUUAAGGGCAGGUUCUACAGCUGCACAGAUGAAGCCAAACAUACUCCAGAGGAGUGCAAGGGAACCUUUGUGGUCUAUAAAGACGGGGACAUAAGCCACCCUGUGCAGAAAGAGAGGGUGUGGCAAAACAGUGAUUUUAAUUUUGACAACGUGCUGAUGGGCAUGUUGACUUUGUUUACCGUGUCAACAUUUGAAGGCUGGCCGCUGGUUUUAUAUCGAGCUGUGGAUGCCAACGCCAUCAACCGAGGGCCGAUUUACAACUACCGAGUGGAAAUCUCCAUCUUUUUCAUCAUCUACAUCAUCAUCAUCGCCUUCUUCAUGAUGAACAUUUUUGUGGGUUUUGUCAUCAUCACGUUUCGAGAGCAGGGAGAGGCCGAAUUCAAAAACUGUGAACUCAACAAAAAUCAACGCCAGUGUGUUUACUAUGCACUGAAAGCUCAGCCUAUAAAGAUUUACAUUCCCAAAAACCCGUCACAGCUCAAAUUCUGGAAGAUUAUCAACUCCAGCCAGUUUGAGUACAUCAUGUUUGUGCUGAUUCUUGGUAACACGCUCACGCUGGCUGUGCAGCAUUAUGAACAAUCCAAACUGUUCACGUCGGUCAUGGAUAUCCUCAACCUGAUCUUCACCAUCGUGUUCACUAUAGAAAUGAUUAUCAAGUUGCUGGCUCUCCGUGCACAUCACUAUUUCAUUGACCCCUGGAAUUCCUUUGAUGCUUUGAUUGUUGUUGGGAGCGUCUUAGACAUUGCCAUCUCUGAGUUCAGUGGAGGAGGCAGCCAUGGUGAGGGCGGCGGUAAAGGAGAAAGUGGAAAAGUUUCAAUCACAUUCUUCCGUUUAUUCCGAGUCUUGAGGUUGGUUAAACUGCUCAGCAAAGGAGAGGGGAUUCGAACCCUCCUGUGGACCUUUGUUAAGUCCCUGCAGGCUUUGCCUUAUGUUGGUUUGCUCAUUGCGAUGAUCUUCUUCAUCUAUGCCGUCAUUGGAAUGCAGACUUUUGGGAAAAUAGCCAAAGAUGACAUGACAGAGAUCAACAGAAACUGCAACUUCCAGACUUUCUUCAUGGCCGUUCUGGUGCUCUUCAGGUGUGCUACAGGAGAGCAGUGGCAGGAGAUCAUGUUGGCGGCGCUGCCUGGCAGACGCUGUGACCCGGAAGCCGACACUGAGCACGGUGAAGAGUUCACCUGUGGGAGCAACUUGUCCUACAUCUACUUCAUCAGCUUCUUCAUGCUUUGUGCUUACCUGAUUAUCAAUUUGUUCAUUGCUGUCAUCAUGGACAACUUUGAAUACCUGACACGAGACUGGACUGUACUUGGCACUCACCACUUGGAUGAGUUUAAGAGAGUUUGGUCUGACUAUGAUCCAGAAGCCACAGGUCGGAUAAAGCACAUUGAUGUGGUCACAAUGCUGCGCAGGAUUCAGCCACCUCUUGGGUUUGGAAAGCUUUGUCCACAUCGCGUAGCUUGUAAGAGGCUGGUUGCUAUGAAUGUCCCCCUGCACCCUGAUGGGACAGUCACCUUCAAUGCUACACUGUUUGCUCUUGUGCGGACCUCCCUCAAGAUCAAAACUGAAGGUCCAAUCGACCAGCAGAAUGAAGAGCUGAAGUUGAUUAUUAAGAAGUUAUGGAAGCGCACAAAGCCCAAGCUUAUCGCUGAAGUCAUACCGCCCCCUAGAGGUGAUGAGGUGACUUGUGGGAAAUUUUACGCCAGCUUCUUGAUUCAAGACUAUUUUAAAAAAUUCCGCAAAAGAAAAGAGAGAGAGCGGAAAUCUAAAAAAAAGGACAAAGCAGCUUUUCUACAGCAAGGCCUCCGGACGCUGCAGGAUCUGGCUCCAGAGAUGCGGCUGGCGAUGGCUUGCGACCUGGAGGAAGUUGAUGGUGCGGAUGGAGAGAUGACAGGGGACGAGCUAUGUGACAGUCAGCAUGGCAGCUCCGCCUCGACCCCGCGUUCCAGCACGCCGAUGCCACGUAUAGAAACACUGAUACAGCAGACUGCUGUGUUCAUCGAACCUGAGCCAAAGAUCUCCAAUGGGGGCGUGGUCACAGAGCAGGUGACAGGUCUGCUGGAGCACCAGAGACCAGGAUCACAGCUGUCAAGAGUCACCAGUGUGACAGAGCAGCCUGUGAGGUCCCACCUGCUGCCCACAAGGGCGGACUCUGUCACCGAGGUACCUGUUCCUCUUUCUCCUCCUCCUCCUCCUCCUGCACCAUGUGAGAUUGAGAUCAUUGUUGAAGAACCCCUUGUGACUAAGCAGACUUCCAACAGUGAAGGUGAUGCUGCAAAUGUUGCUUCAGUUGACAGGUUUGUGUAUCCAGAAGCUGUCUCUCCUGUGCUGACUGAGACAGGCUACAACGGACAGAACCUGGAAAGAGGCAGCAGCAUCGGGGAGGUGCCCUACGACACUCAGGACACCAGCGGCUUCAUUAGCAACGGUUACAGUGUGACUGACACGAAUGACAGGAGCGCUGCUGCAAGCCCCUGUGCCUACACCGCUAAUGGAUACAGUGAGAAUGGAUACACGGACACGGCUGACAAUGGAAACGGCAGUAUCAUCAACACCAACGGGAUUGACAGCUUGAAUGGAUGCAAUGAAAAUGGAAGCAGUGUGAGCGCUUACACCGAGAAUGGCUACAAUGGAAACGAGAACGGCGGCAUGCAGUUUGUCAGGAGACGCCUCCUCCCUGCAAUACCCAAAGGCCGAAAACCAGCCUUUAACUUCCACUCUUUGAAGUCCCAGAAUCUUGUUGAGAACCUUCCCAUCCCAGGGAAUUACUACAGCAACACAUCCCCAACCAGAUCCCGCCUACAGAUCCAGCACAGUUUGGACUCCAGGCACAGCAGCGUGUCCUCCAUGUCGUCUUCCUCCUGGGCGAACACAGCAGCACCCGGAACCACUCCUAUUGCAGGAAUAAUCCCACCCACAGGGAGCAGAGGCAAACUGAUCUACACCCCUAUGAUCCUUGUGGACGAAGCCACGGGCACCAGUCAGCCGCUAUGGAGCAACAGUUCUGCCAGCCUCCCCAUGGGAAGCCGAUCCGGCUGGUACCCAGGUCAGACUAGGACCUAUUCUAGUGUGAGGAUCCCUCCGGUCCAUCCCAGCUUCAUAAACAGAAGUAGCGCAGACAGUCUGGUGGAGUCGAUCUUGAUCUCUGAGGGGCUCGGCGUCUACGCUCGGGACCCAAAGUUUGUGAACUUUGCCAAGCGGGAGAUUGCCGAAGCCUGCAACAUGAGCCUGGAUGAGAUGGAAAGCGCUGCCACUGACCUUAUCCCUCUGGGUGCCAGUCGGCCCGCCAUGCUCUUUGAAGAGGACCUGGCUGAUGAAAUAAAGUGUGUCUGAUGACUUUA